AGUAUGAAUUUUCUGUUUUAAACCCAAAACUUUCAGUCUUAGUUUGCGUACAUGCAACUCUAACUUCUCACACAUAGAGCGCAUAAUAAAUAUACAGCCAAAUGCUUUGUGCACACUAUAAAUUAUGUAUUCGGUCACUGCGGUUUUUCACCUGUUUACACCCGCAAAGUGUGCUUGUUUCUCCCAAAUUUUAAAGAUAACACUCCCACAUUUACUCUCAUAAUGUGAAACGCAGAGCCACCAGCUGCAACUCGCGGAUAUAUAAAUUAUUGCCUUUGUUUUGAACAAGCUGUUGAACGCACUGAAUGUCACUUCAAAUCCAAAAUGGCGAACAUGUGAGGUCACAUUUUUUACAGCCCAAUCAGAAGGCUGGGUUCCUUGGUACCCCCACGUGGGGACACUGUGCUGCGAUUGGUCAACGUUGCUAAACUCCUUCGAAGAAUCUGAUUGGUCAGAACAGGGCCCUCUCUCGGCAGUCGGGUCCUCGUGUCAGUGCACAGUCUGUGUGUGGUACAGCGCGCGGCGGAGGGACUGGGUAUAGUGGUGUAUUUCACAACGGCCGACAUUUUCAAUAAGAUUUAACCCGGUUAUUCGCCAUAAAAUAAUCUUGGACUUACUUGAAGAUUCGUGUUACCACCACUGGAUCUAAUAGCGGCUUUCUUUGAAGUUGUGACUGCCCAACAAUUCGCCUCAAUUGAGGGGUUUCCAGAGUCCGACCGGCUGGAGAGACGCUCUCCGCCUCGGGAUCACCGGGGUUUUAAAGGACUCUCAAGAGGGAGAAAAAGAAGUGGAGAGAAAAAGAAUCGACGACGGACAUUUUCCGCACGUAUCAUUUUAUGUUGACGGAUACAAGUCAAGGAUAUAACGCGUUGUGUCUGGAUACUAUACAGUGUUACCUGUGCAGAGGAGAGAGGAGGACUCAGUCCAGACAAAGAUUCAAAGGAAAGGCAGGCGAGGUGAUACAUCCAGUGGUCGGGGUCUGAGUGUGCUCCUCGCAGCCGAGAGCAGGGCUUUGUCCGCCGCCAUCCUGCGCGCACAGGGGAGGGGGCGGCGGUGAUCUACUGCACCUUCACUGGGAUUACGGAUAUAGAGAAAACAAACCAAAUUCCCUUGUGUAAAGGACGACAUGUAUCCACAAGGCCGGCAUCCGGCACCUCACCAGCCAGGGCAGCCUGGCUUCAAGUUUACAGUGGCAGAGUCCUGCGACAGGAUCAAAGACGAGUUUCAGUUCCUGCAGGCGCAGUACCACAGUCUCAAAGUGGAGUACGACAAACUGGCCAAUGAAAAGACAGAGAUGCAGCGUCACUACGUCAUGUACUACGAGAUGUCCUAUGGGCUCAACAUUGAGAUGCACAAACAGACUGAGAUUGCCAAACGUCUCAAUGCAAUUCUGGCCCAGAUCAUGCCGUUCUUGUCACAAGAGCACCAACAGCAGGUGGCUCAGGCUGUUGAACGGGCCAAGCAGGUGACAAUGACCGAGCUAAAUGCUAUCAUCGGGCAGCAGCAGCCGCCUCAUAGUGUCUACCCAGCCUUCAUGCAGCAGCAGCUCCAGGCUCAGCACCUCUCUCACGCGGGCCACGGCCCCCCAGUCCAGCUCCCCCCACACCCGUCAGGCCUGCAGCCGCCCGGCCUCCCCCCUGUGACUGGUGCCGGCGCCGGCCUGCUGGCUCUGGGUGCUCUUGGCAGCCAGGCCCACCUGCCUGUAAAAGACGAGAAGAACCACCACGACCUGGAGCACAGAGGCCCCUCAUCUUUUCACUCGCCUCUGGCCCUUCCUCUGAAAGAACGCGAGUCGAGCACGAAUAACUCGGUGUCACCGUCAGACAGCCUGCGAGCAGCAAGUGAGAAGCACCGCGGCUCUUCAGAUUACAGUCUGGACUCCAAGAAACGCAAAGUGGACGACAAAGACAGCAUGAGCAGAUAUGACAGUGACGGAGACAAAAGUGACGACUUGGUGGUGGACGUUUCCAAUGAGGAUCCGGCCACCCCUCGAGUUAGCCCCGCUCACUCUCCUCCAGAGAACGGCCUGGAUAAAUCCCGAGUCCUGAAGAAGGAUGCUGCCCCCAACAGUCCUGCCUCCGUCGCCUCGUCAGGCAGCACACCGUCCUCCAAAGCCAAGGACCACGCCCAUAACGACAAGUCGUCCACACCAAGCCUGAAGUCCAACACGCCAACACCAAGAAAUGAGGCCCCGACACCAGGAACCAGCAGCACGCCAGGACUGAGGCCUCUCACCAUGGGCAAACCACCAGGCAUGGAGGCGUUAGCCGCUCCUGCCCUGCGUACACCUCUGUCCAUUGCGGGUUCCUACGCCACCCCGUUUGCUAUGAUGGGUCAUCAUGACAUGAAUGGAUCCCUGACCAGCCCCGGCGUCUAUCCAGGUCUCAUUUCACCUCAGAUGAGUGCUGCAGCGGCUGCCGCUUAUGGACGCUCUCCCAUCGCGGGAUUCGACCCUCAUCCCCACAUGAGAGCUCCAGGCCUGCCAGCCAGCCUCACGUCUAUUUCUGGAGGGAAACCAGCGUAUUCUUUUCACGUGAGUGCGGAUGGUCAGAUGCAGCCUGUGCCCUUCCCUCCAGAUGCACUGAUCGGUCCGGGCAUCCCGCGCCACGCUCGCCAGAUCAACACACUGAGCCACGGGGAAGUGGUGUGCGCUGUCACCAUCAGCAACCCCACACGCCAUGUCUACACCGGCGGCAAGGGCUGCGUCAAGAUUUGGGACAUCAGCCAGCCAGGCAGCAAGAGUCCUGUGUCCCAACUCGACUGCUUGAACAGAGACAAUUACAUCCGCUCCUGCAAACUGUUGCCUGAUGGCCGAACCCUCAUAGUGGGUGGCGAGGCCAGCACGCUGACCAUCUGGGACCUAGCCUCACAGACGCCCCGCAUUAAGGCGGAGCUCACUUCUUCUGCUCCAGCCUGCUAUGCACUGGCCAUCAGUCCAGAUGCCAAGGUCUGCUUCUCCUGCUGCUCGGACGGAAACAUCGCUGUGUGGGACCUCCAUAACCAGACCCUCGUCAGGCAGUUCCAGGGUCACACAGACGGUGCCAGCUGCAUCGACAUCUCUCACGACGGGACCAAACUGUGGACUGGAGGGCUGGACAACACAGUCCGCUCCUGGGACCUGAGAGAAGGACGACAGCUUCAGCAACACGACUUUACCUCACAGAUCUUCUCUCUGGGCUACUGUCCCACUGGAGAAUGGCUGGCUGUGGGCAUGGAGAGCAGCAACGUGGAGGUGCUGCACCACACCAAGCCUGACAAGUACCAGCUGCACCUGCACGAAAGCUGCGUCCUCUCGCUAAAGUUCGCCUACUGUGGUAAAUGGUUUGUGAGCACAGGGAAGGACAACCUGCUGAAUGCAUGGAGGACUCCGUAUGGUGCCAGCAUAUUUCAGUCAAAGGAGUCGUCCUCCGUCCUGAGCUGUGACAUCUCAGCAGAUGACAAAUACAUUGUGACAGGAUCCGGUGACAAGAAGGCGACAGUCUACGAGGUCAUCUACUAAAAAGACGAGGCUCCUGCUCAACUUCAGCACUUCUACUGAGAUUACUUUACUUUCUGCUACCAACGACCAACCAUCUGUGGACUACAACUCGCUAAGAAGAACCACAGAUUUGGCAAAGUCACCUGGCAGGGAUCGAUGGAGCUGUUGGCAUUAGGAUAACUUUGCUGGAGAGAUUUCUUUUUCUUCUUUUUUUUUUGGAGGGUUUAUUUUUGGGUAACAUUUUUUGUGACUUCAGAAUUUUUGCUGUUUUUUUCCUUGAGAAUUUUUUGGUUUUGGCGGAUGAAGCAGCGCUUCAGUUCUGAGACCUUUGUUCCACAGAUGUCUUGUGAAAAGUGUACAUAUCGGAUUAAAAUAAAAGACAUUUUAUAUAUAUUAUAAGAAUAUAUAUUUUCAUGUCCUGGGUGUACUUGUGAUUUUUUUUUUUCGCCCACUUGGCCAUGACUUGGGUAGGAGAAGAACAUAGAAUACAACUUUUUAACAAGUUUUUCUCUGGUUUUCUUGAAGCCCGUUCUCCAGGCUGACCUUUUCAGAGAGCGGAGCAUGAGUCCUGUAAGUAGGAUGUUUUUGUGGAGAUUUCAAAAUGGCCUUUUGUCACAGUGCUCUUACCGAACGAUGGAAAUGUGGAGUCCUUUAACUCUGGCAGAGCCUCAGCUGGUUUGGACCACUUCAUGACUGAGCAGGACUCUACCAUUCAGAAGAAGAGAUGGAUGUAAAUUUAAUUCCUAUAUAUGAAAAGACCUUUUUAAAAUGUACAUCUCUGUCUGUGCUAUCUUUCUCUGUUUGUUUUACCUUGUUAGAUUACAGGAGAUAGGGGACGUUUAAUCUUUAGCCUAACCCUUGGACCUCAGUUGGCAGCAGAAGCCCUGCUGCAGGCACAAACUGGAUGAUAAUGUGCUUUUUGCUAACUUGACGUAAUGUGUAUGAAUUGCACCAUCGACUUCUUGGCUACAGACUAAACUCAAACAGUCCAAUCUGCGCUGUUGGACUCUUUCUGCUCUUUGUAUCUUAUCACUAUUCCUGGAACAUGUUUGGUCAACUAUGAUGGAAGGCAGAGAGACGUGUAAACGCUCACGUGGGAGUUAAAACAAAUGAGGAUAUCAAGUUUCUCUUAUGUUGACAUUGAGGCAUCGGUGACUAAUUCUGGUUUGUACACUGUGCUCCUGAUUCUGUCAGCAUUUUCCAAAACAGAAAUGAAAAGGGGUUAAGUUUGUCUGUCCCUCUGAAUCACACCAAAGUAUGUAGCAAAUGCUGUCAGCACUGAAAAGAAAUGUACAGUUGUUAAUAAAUCAAUAAAACUGUUUUUGUAGAA